ACAAACAGAAAGUCCCACCUCAAAUUCACACCAUUGGUUGACCCAGUGUUGCUGUGUUAAACCGGCACUCAUACAAACAAUGUUUCUUCACAUUUCAGGGAAAUCAGUAUGUUGAUUGCAGUUAUCUCUGCACAUUAAGCUGAAAUAGGACAAGGUAUUUUAACACCCAAAAGAUGACAUACAACUUUAUUGAAAAUAAAGUUCCCAUUCCCAAAGAAACUGAAAACGAGAAGAAAAUGAGUACGGAUCUGCUUCCUUUCCUCAGUUCCACUGCACUAAUUAAGUAAUACGUACAUAAUGCACUAAUGAGUAUACAUUCAAAUUAGCAGUUAUAACCCACAAAGAAUACUAUUUUGCCUUACCAUAUUCAGAUAUACAGCAUUUCUUUCAUGAGACUUUAAAAAGCCUUAAUAAAUAAUAAAUAUAUCCCAGUUUAUUCCAACUUGCCUGUAUUUCAUGAAAAACAGUCCAUCAAAAGAAAUGCAUCGCUGCAUUAAUCCAUCAGAUUAUAGCCGCAUAACUCACAGCAGACACGCGAGUGCACAUACUGGCAGCAGAGUCCUGCGCCUGUGCUCUCUGUGUGCAAUGAAAGAGGGUUAGAGACUGACAUGAGGGCCUCUGGGCCGGUGGUACAAAACCAGGACCAGUCCCAAGAUGCAAAUCAGCCCCCAGACCGAGUUUUAGAGCAUGCAAGUCAGAGUCAGGGGAGAGGUGUUGUGUGACGGGCUGAAUCUCAGCCGAUGCAGGUCUCAUGCCUCACCUAACCCAUUUAUUCUCUCUGACUGACUUUAUGCAGCCUUUUCAUUGUCCUGGUUUUAAAAAGACACACUUAAGCUUAGUAGUCAACAUAAUGAUUAAUGCAAUGAUUGAUUUAUGAUUGUUGAAAUCAUUGCCGAUCGCUUCACUUUGUUGGUAUGUUUUCAAAUGAAAACAUUGUCAAUGUUGAAUUAAGAAAAAUAGUGAUAAUUUACUUGGAAGCAGAUGUAAUUUUUAUGAUUCAAGAACAAGACAGUAAAAGCAAAAUGCAGAAUUUAAACAAAGAUAACAUGUUCACAUCCUCUUUGAAUUGUCUUAUAAAGAAAAAAAAUGCAUUUAAGCCAUUUAAUGUGAUCAUACGCAUUAUGUUAUAUAGCUAUUCAUGUUAUUGUCAUAAUGUUAUGAGCUUUUAUCAGGAAAAAAAAAACACCCACCAAAACAGCUUCGAUCCUGUGAGGACAGAAGAAUCUAGAAAACACAGUCUAAUUCACCAUCAGGGACCGAGUCCGGAAAGCAUCUCAAAAAAGAUCCUCCCUCGUAUCAACAAUUGUAAUUCCUCCUGGCCUCAUGAUGUUUAUAAAGGCGAGUCCACAAUCUGACCCGCACCUUACCGCCAAAGUCAUCUGUAAGAAGAAUCUCAUUUCAGCUCUUUGGACAUCAUGGAGGGUCGACUACGCCACGACACAAGAUUCAGCUACAUCCUCAGAAGCAGCCUGCCCUCCUCUAACCUGACCACCAAUUCAGUCAAUGCCACACAUGUCUUCAGUGUGUUCGAUGGGUGUGAAGAAAUGGUGGCCGGUGUUGUUUUUGACCUAGCCAUACAAUGCUUCAACGUGAUCAUAGGAAUACCUGCCAACAUCCUGGUUCUUGCAAACCUAAUAAAGACCCGAAAUGAACCAUUAACUUCCGACAUCUUCCUGGGCUGCCUGGCUUUCAUGGACGCCUACUUUGGAUUCAUGACAAUCAUAGCGUUCCUCACUUUCUACCACUGGAGGAGCGCUAUGGGUUGGAGAGCUAUGAAGUUCUCAUACGGCGUGAAGGACACCAGUGGGCCGCUCUUCCUCUCCUGCGUCUGUCUGGAUCGCUUUAUAGCUGUUGUCUUUCCCAUUGCAUUCGGACAACUGAAGGACAUCAAAUACAGGAUCAGCCUUACCAUCGUGGUUCUGCUGCUCACUUUUGCUUAUGCUUCAGCCAAAACCAUUGGUGGCAUCCACAACUUUGAGAAGGUUUUCACUGGUGAGGUUUUGUUUGCUUUCACCUGGAUGGUGGUGUGUAACGUGGCCAUCCUCUGGGCCCUGAAACGCUCACGAGGUUCUGGUAAAGAUGAGAUGAAUCCUAUGAAAAGAAAGGCCUUUAAGAUGGUGCUGUCAAUUUUGAUCAUAAUCAUAAGCAACUAUCUCCCUCCAGUGGCUCUGUUCCCCUUUGAAGACCAUUAUCCCCAUAAGGUCUUCACUUGCUAUGUGCAGCCAGUAUGUUUUGCCUUUGUAAAUAUCAGCAGCACUGUCCAGCCUUUAACUUACUUAUCCCGCUUAGAGAAAGUACCAUUCUUGCCUGAAUCUUGUGUGGAGAAGUUAAGCUGCAAGGAAAAAGACAAGCCCUCAAACAAAUGAUGACCUACUCUAAUACGAACAUACUGACACUGAUCAUUAAAUGUAAAGUAGUUGCAUGCAUUGCCAUAGUUCUUGUUGCAGAAACACCUGUCGACAGGGACUUCCAUCAGGGGCCGUACAAGACAUGAGACCCGCCCUGUUUCCUCAGCAUAUA